UAAGACAAAUUAAACAAUUUUCCAUCAAAUAAAAAUACACCAAAAUCUCCUCUCAAUAUCCUAUCCCUCCAUCCUAGACCACCACCACGAUGCCACUCCCCCUCUCACUCUCCCUCCUCUUCACCCUCCUCACCCUCGCCUUCGCAACCGAUAUCCCUCGGUUCCGCGAAGCCCCAGCGUUCCGCAACGGCCCAAACUGCGCCGUUGCGGGAACACAGGGUUCAACAAUCCACAUUGCCAUGACCCUCGAUACAACAUACCUCCGCGGCUCAAUAGCCGCGGUAUUCUCAGUUCUACGCCAUUCGGCUUGCCCGGAAAACAUCGCAUUUCAUUUUUUAACCUCUUCCCGCCACUUCCAUAACCUCAACCGUACCAUCACCUCAACUUUCCCUUCUCUCUCAGUCUCUCUCCUCCACUUCGACCCUCUCUUAGUCCGCGGCAAAAUCUCCACCUCCGUCCGCCGCGCACUCGACCAACCCCUCAAUUACGCGCGCAUCUACCUCGCUGAACUCCUCCCGAACUCCGUCGAUCGUGUGAUUUAUCUCGAUUCCGAUCUCAUUGUCGUCGACGACGUUUCCAAUCUCUGGAACAUCGAUCUUCGGGCCCACGUAUUGGGUGCUCCAGAAUACUGUCACGCUAACUUCACCAGCUACUUCACCCCGAAAUUCUGGACCACCUCAGAACUCUCUAGAACCUUCCAGAAACGAGAGCGACCACCCUGCUACUUCAACACCGGGGUUAUGGUAAUCGACGUAAAUAAAUGGAGAAAAGGGGGAUUCACUUCGAAACUAGAGAAUUGGAUGAGAUUGCAAAAACGACACCGUAUUUACCAACUGGGUUCAUUGCCGCCAUUUUUGCUGGUUUUUGGAGGUGAAGUUCAGAGAAUUGAGCAUAGAUGGAAUCAACAUGGAUUAGGGGGUGAUAAUAUUAGAGGGUUAUGUAGAGAUUUACAUCCAGGGCCUGUUAGUUUGUUACAUUGGAGUGGGAAGGGUAAACCUUGGCUUAGAAUUGAUUCUAAUCGUCCUUGUCCUUUGGAUAGUCUUUGGGCCCCUUAUGAUCUUCUCUAUUCCCCACCGUCGUCGUCAGCCGCGGUGUUGCUUUCCGACGGAUGAGAUUUUAAAUUAUUAGGUGGUUCAGGAUCAUCACGUCCCCGUGUGUGUACAUCAUUAGUUUUUGUAAUUAUUAAUGAUAAGAUGGAUUGGUACAAUUUGCCACCGUACCCACUCUAA